AUGCCGGGUGUCAAGGUUACGCACGCCGUCGCAUGGACGAGGUCUCUGCAGAGCCAGACAGCGGCUUCCACCCGCCGUUGGCGGUGGUGGUGGCAGGUUCGCAAGGCUUCGACACAGUCAACGGAAACAAGCCGGCCGUCGGAGCAGAUCCAGGCCAGCAGCAGCAGCAGCAGCACUAGGUCAAACUCCAACACCUCCGAUUCAACAGCAACCACAUCAACUCCCACGCCCACGUCCACGCCCUCGUCACCCUCGGCGGCGACCACGCCUACAAAAGACAAAUUAAAAAAGCUCAUCCCCAAGCUACGACAACCAGUGCAACACGAAAACAUCUACACCGUCCCGAACAUUUUAACAUUCACCCGACUGCUCGCCGCCCCGGCGGUAGGGUACUUUAUUCUGCACGCGCAACCGGUGUGGGCGCUAUCGCUAUUCUUCUACGCCGGCGUCACCGACAUGGUAGACGGAUACCUGGCGCGCAAGUAUAAUGCACAAACGGUAGUGGGGACCGUAAUCGACCCGAUGGCGGACAAGGCACUGAUGACGAUCGCGGUGGUGACGUUGACCAUGAACGGCACCUUCCCACUAUGGCUGUCCGUUAUCAUUCUCGGGCGCGACGUCGCAUUGGCCAUUUCGGCCAUCUAUUUCCGUUGGAUCUCACUGCCUCCGCCCAAGACCAUGGCGCGCUACUGGGAUUUCAGUUUGCCGUCGGCCGAGGUGCACCCUACUGAGAUCUCGAAGAUCAACACGUUCCUGCAACUGCUGCUGGUGGGCAAUGCCAUGUUGUUGCCGGUACUUCCCGAGGCUCUGGUGAACGCGUACAAUCUCACUGGCAUAUUUGAGGGGUGGCAGUACCUCGUUGCCGGGACCACGGUGUGGAGUGGGUUGAGCUAUGUCUCGAACAAGGAUGCUGUCAAGAUCUUGACCACCGAGGAGAUUGAUGCCAGAGCGGAGAAAAGGGAUGCUGAGAGAAACGAGGCCAAGGUCGAGGCUGAGGCUGAUGCCAUGUCCAAAAAGCCUUGA